AUGAGGACUCUCUGCUCUCUGCUGCUGAUAUGCUGCCUCCUUUUCUCCUAUGACACUCCGGUUGUUGGCUUUCUAAGAAGAUCCGUCUCGGGAUCUCACGAGUGCCACAGUAAGGGAGGGUACUGUUACCGUUACUAUUGUCCUCGCCCUCACAGAAGACUGGGUAGCUGUUACCCAUAUGCGGCAAACUGCUGCAGGAGGAGAAGAUGA